UCAAAACAAUACAACUCCCCAUGAAAACUCCUAAAUUCAGCUGAGAUGUAGAUUUAUACGCCAUACACCAAAAAGAGACAAUUUUUUGAUACAAACAAAGAAAAGAGACACGCGCGGUAACAACAAUGAAAGGACGAAAAUACCCCUACAUCAAGCACACAUGUCGACGUACAUACCAGUAAAACUAGCAGCACUUGUUGUAGUAUUCAACUUCUUCUCAUCUCUUCAGCGCUUUGCUCCUCCUCUCCUUUCUUUUUUUUUUCCCCUCGCCGGGAAAGAACCCAAUUUUCUCCGGCGAAUCGGGAUCCCUCAUACUAAUCGGAAAACUUCAGAAUGUCAACAAUUCCAUGUUUAUCCGUUAAAUACCCGAAGCCAUUUGUUUCUUUCCCCAAUUCAUUAUUAUUCCAUAGCAAGAAGAGCUUUUUUAUAAGGUAUCAAGCUGUAAAAAAUUCAAAACGGUUUAAUGGGGGAGCUUCAAACUCUGUUGCAUGUUCGAUUUCGUCGCCGUUAAUUAGGAGAGUAGUGGGUUUGCAGAGACGGGAAGGCAACUUAUCGUUGUUACUGUCGUUUGGUGCAAAUUCGAGGAACAUUUAUGCAGCUGAAGAAGAUGAAGAAAAGGUGGAUUAUUCACAAGCACUCUCUGCAUUGCUUCCUUUUGUUGUGGCUCUUACUGCUGUUGCUGCUCUCUCUCACCCUUCCACUUUCACAUGGGUGUCUAAAGAAUUGUACGCUCCAGCACUUGGAGGAAUCAUGUUGUCGAUUGGAAUUAGACUUUCUAUUGAUGACUUUGCCCUUGCAAUUAAAAGACCUUUGCCCUUCUCUAUUGGAUUCAUUGCUCAGUAUGUCGUGAAGCCAGCUCUUGGCUUGCUGGUAGCACAGGCAUUUGGGAUGCCUUCGACGUUCUACGCUGGUUUUGUCCUCAUGUCUUGUGUUGCAGGGGCUCAAUUAUCAAGUUAUGCUAGCUUCUUGAGCAAAAGCAACGUGGCAUUCAGUAUUCUCUUAACCAGUUCAAGCACCAUCGCUUCAGUUGUUGUUACUCCAGCUUUAACCGGUCUUCUUAUUGGUUCAGUCGUUCCAGUUGAUGCAGUUGCAAUGUCAAAGUCAAUCUUGCAGGUCGUUCUUCUCCCCAUAACUCUUGGCUUAGCGCUGAACACCUAUGCAAAACCAGUAGUGUCUGUUAUUCAACCUGUGAUGCCAUUUGUUGCCAUGAUUUGUACUUCAUUGUGUAUUGGCAGCCCUCUUGCAAUCAAUCGAACUCAGAUUCUUUCUGCUGAGGGUGCAAAAUUGAUUGCUCCCGUACUGACAUUUCAUGCAAUGGCAUUUGCAGUGGGUUAUUGGCUCUCGAAACUUCCAAUUUUCAGGUUUGAAGAAGAAGUCUGCAAGACAAUUUCAUUAUGCACAGGAAUGCAGAGUUCUACUCUGGCGGGUCUACUUGCAACUCAAUUCCUCGGAAGCAGUCAAGCGGUACCCCCUGCAUGUUCUGUAGUUGCAAUGGCUAUCAUGGGCCUUUGUCUUGCCUCUUGGUGGGGCAGUGGAUACCGGAUCAGGGACAUUCCAUCCAUUCUGUUUCUACCAACUGCUUCGACUAUCAAGCCUUCACAGUAAGUAAGCUAGAGAUCGGUACAUAUAGAGUAGGAUACUUAGUAGAAAGGUAGACGUCCUUUCAGGCUUAGGCAAAUUAACUUAAAUGCAGUAGAAUAGUUAAAUGAUAGCAUAUAAUAUACUACAAAGACCUUCCAUAGUAUGUACGGGAGCUGAUAAAGAUGCAGAUGAGAUAGUAUUGUAACUGGUAAGUUGACGGCGUUGAAGCAGAUGGUACUUGUACAGUUUUUGUUAUGCAUUUUCAAUCUAUAGCAUAUAGUCGAGCUUGUCUAAACGGAUAUCUGGAUGAGCUACAAUGGAAAUACAGUUAUAAUCGAAAAAUAAAAUGUAUUUCGCAUUGAUAUCGGA